CCUCGCAGCCGGGAAGGGCGUUCUCUGUGCGGUCAGACCGGGCAGAGUCAUCCCGAGGGGUGGGUCCUCCGGCAAUAGAAAGGAAAACCCACCUUUUUUCAUUGUUAAGGACGCGCUGGAAUGUGAUGGUUUGAUCUCAAACGGACCAGGGAGGGGAAUAUCCGAGAGGAAAGGACCAACGAAAGCGGCGGAGGGAAAGGGGAAAGCAAAUAAAAAAGCGGUCUCCCCUCCUUUUCUGUCGCCUCCAACUCUCUGGUCUGGUCUGAGAAUAUGUGGAUGAACUUGUCCCGGCCGCAGCAGCAGCAGCAGUGAGUCCGACCGUCCGCAUGAGCUCGACCCGUGUGAAGUUGUGGAUUUACCGUUGCGUUGUUCGGCGUUGUUGAGCCUCUGAGGUAAAUUUUAACACUUCAUUCGUGUGUUUUUUUGGGGGACAGAGUGUAUUUAUGGGCUCCAGAGCGGCUUCCUGAGUUCAGUGAGUCGGGACUGCAGAAGUCUGAACUGCGGCAAGUUUUUCAACCCUCCUCCUCCUCCUUCGUCGUCCUUCUCCUUCUCCUCCUCCUCUGCUCGGUUUGAAGCCAAAGGAAGCAUCCAGGUCUGCGGCGAAAACCUCAGAGACCUGGCCGAGCAGACAGACAGACAGCGAUCCAUGGGGGAAGAAAGGAUGGAGAGUUUGUGGAGAGGAGCUUGAUGUGUUUUGGACAAAAGGAUGCAUCUGAAGUUAAAUGACAGACUUGCCUCCUAAGCAACACUCUAAGGGAACUUUGAAGUCUUAAAGAGACGUUUGCAAAAAGAAAGCAAGACAGAUUGCAAAGAGAAAAGAGCUUUAAGGACUCGCUGUCACUGCUACACAAAUGUGGACCCCCAGAAACGCUGUCAUCAAAUAAUCUGGACAAUAAAACAAAUCCCACUGAUACAACAGAAAGAACUUUGUAGUCAUGUCUGAUCAUAAAGACAUGACACAUCGCCACCUGCGGCACAAGCUACAGAGUCUUGGCCGAAGGCUGGAUGAACUGGAAGAAGCCACCAACAAGCUGCAAAAGUCUGAGGAUGAAUUACUCGACCUGCAGGACAAGAUCAUCCAGGCAGAAGGCAGCAACUCGUCCCUGCUUUGCGAUGUGGAGGCUCUGAGGAAGCGUCUCCUGAAGAUCCAGGGUAAAGAUGAGGAGGUACGCAAAGCUGAGGAUCUAUGUCGUACAGUCAGAGAGAAACUGGAAGAGGAGGAAAACCUUACAAAGGAGCUAAAGGCCGAAAUUGAACGUCUUCAACGAAGAAUGGCUGAAUUGGAGAAACUGGAAGAAGCUUUUGGGAAGAGCAAGUCAGACUGCAGCCAGCUCUGCCUUAGCCUCAACGAGGAGAAGAAUUUGACCAAGAAGCUUUCGUCUGAGUUGGAGACACUCAAAGACCGUUUGAAGGAGGUGGAGGGCUCUGGGAAAAAACUGGAGGGAGCAGAGAUGGCAUUGGCUAUGGAGCUUGAGAAACUCAAGGGAUUCACCCAGACCUUUGUGAGUGAGCGCAAGAAGCUACUAGAGAAACAGAGAGAAGAUGCAAAGAUCAUUCAAAUGUUGACAGAAAACCUGGAUGAUCAGAAAAAUCGCCUUGGCAUGUCGACAGAACCCAGUCGUGCAGAUUUCAUGAGGCCAAGAAUUGAAGAUGAGCUUUCAUCCACAGUACUCUUCACAAGUAAACUGGCCGGACGCAAGAAGAGCAUGGAUUACUUAAAACUGGCUGAUGAUAAGCUUGGUAUCGUGAACAAAUCUGAGAAUGAGAAGAACAGCAGUCUAGAAGGUUUGCAAGAGGAAGACAACAAAGUAAAGGAGCUGACGCAGGAAGUAGAGAGGCUGAAGAACCGUCUUAAACAGCUGGAGAUAGUGGAGGAGGAUUUGAAGAACUCCAAGUCCAAGAAUGGUGAGCUUCACGAAAAGUUUCAGAUAGAACGCAACCGAGCUCGCCAACUGAGCGAGCAGGUGGAACAGCUGAGGACGCAGCUGUGUGGAAAAGGUGGAAUUGGAGGAAAUGGAAUUACUAACAUGGAAAAACACGGCAAUGGAAGCACUAACGUUUGCACCAACAGCCCUGCUAAGGUCCUGGAGAAUGGCAAAGCUGAGAAUGAAGAGAUUUUGAAGGGAGGUUUUAGACAAGAGAAGCCGAAAUACAGAAGUGCAGCAAAUGUCUCAGAACCGAGCUCCCCAAAACACAGAAACAGGGAACUGUCUCCUCAGCAUAAGAGAGAACCCAAACUGAGGAGCAAAGAGCUCAGCCAAUCUGAAGACAGUUCUCCUAAAUCUGUAAGGAGAGCCCUCAGUCCUGCUCACAAGAGUAGAAGGACACCCAAAACCCCGACUUCUUCGAUUUCAUCUGAUAACGGAAUACGAGACACAGCUCGGGGAACUGAGGAAAAGACAAGAGGAGCCACAUACAGCUCUGUAAAUACGACUUCUAGUGAUAUUAAAAAGGUGUCUGUUCUUAGUCGCUACCCUCCAGCUGCUAAUGACCAGAAGCCGCUGAGGACAGCUCAUAAACAGACUGAUGGGGACAUUAAGAAGAGCAGAGAAAAGUUUUCAAAGUUAUACGUUGGUAGUGAUAGCGAAUCAAACAACUCUGAUGUAGUGCCUGAAAGCUCCAGUACCAUGAACAGUAUCUCUGCACUAGAGAAGGACACAGCAUCUGCCUCAGAUCAGGAAUCAGCAGACCCAGUUCAGGAGUCUGUCUCUGUACCGGUCACUUCUAGUCUAUCCAAAGCCAAUGGAUCAUACACAGCCUACAGAUCUCACAUCACUCCGCUGCUGCCCAGUGACCCGGGGUCAGAGGGUCAUUCGUCUGCCUCUGAAACAGAAUCUACGGGUUCAAGGCCCUCUGAACCAGACCCUGUAACUGAGACGACUAGUACGACUGUAAGCAGUAGGACUGCAACCUCUAGGUAUGCUAGAUACCCCCAUGUCCACGACUCGCAUUCAGAGGGCUCUUCUUCCAGAAGCUCAUUUGAUGAGGAGCUGCACAGCAGGACGCAGUUAGCUGAAGGAGGCCACCAGGGGCCCAUCCACACUCCGUCAGGGAUUGAAAUCCAGCGAGUGUGCAGCCCACGGGAGGCGCUGAGGUCAAAAGCUGUCAUCAAGCCUGCUAUUAUUGAGAUUGACAGGAAGGAAGUAAUGAUUUCAGAACCUUUGUCUGCAAAUGGCAAACCCAAGAUCUCCACCAAACCAGUCGUGACCACUACUAGUAAGAUGACCAGUAGCAUCACCAUCUACCCCAAUGACCCGAGCUCUUCCAGAACCAGCAGUCGUAGCAGCAGCGUGUCCAGUGAACCUUUGCCUGUCAGAGAACGGCACACAUCUACCAGUAACAUCCUCAUAGGCCCCAGCAGUGACCACCAUGGCAGUAUUUCCGUCCCUUAUGAGAUCUCCAUACCCAAGAGUGAGAUCACGUUGCGGUCGUGCCAGGACCAGGACUGCGGUGCAGACAACCACAGUGAUUCCUCAUCAAGGUCCAAGCUCCACAACACUUCCAGGGUGGAAACCAGCACCAGCCACCUGUGCUGCCAACGCAGCAACUUCAGCCUCCAGUCCCCCGACACCACCUCUGCGGACUUCAACGACACCGAGUCUGGAUUCGAGAGCAGCUGCAGCAGCACAACCACGGUCACAAGCUGGAGAAGCCAAAAACAAAGCCAGCACUCACAAGAAGACAGUUUACCAGACACAAAGAAUGUGACUGUGAGGAGCACCUGGAGGAACAAAGGCGCCUCAUCAGGGGACGAGGCAGGUCGAGGAAGAGGAGGUACAAGGACCACGGCAGACGGUGGGUCUGAAGAUGAAGCAGAAGCUGCAACAACAUGGAGGGCUUAUCGGGCAACCACCUUUGAUACAGAGGAGUCAGUAAACAGUGGAUCAGGGGCUGCUGGUAAUGCUGCAGCACAGAAGGGAGUCAAGCCGUCCCCUGCAGAGGUGUACAUGCGCAGGAUCAACAGUGUGGUUACUAGCACGAGAGAAGUCGAGGAGCCAGCUCUUCGCAGAGGAAAACGCUCUCAGUCUCCCAGUAUGGAAUCUGGAGGCUUGGGAAGGACCAUACCCCACGCACCUGUUACCUCUCAGUCCUGGAGCCGAUCAUACGCACAACAACCACCGGCUGCUGAUAACUUGGAUCCCAGUCCAAACCCGAGCCACAGCCCGGCCUCUUGGAGACGACAGCUACCCAGCGACUCGCACCACCUGGGGAGCUCUUAUGACCGGUCGAAGACGUCAGGAGCCUCCUCCAGAGGAGGGGAGCUCUGGUCCAGUCGGGGUCAAGGAUCAGGAGCCAGAGCUGAGGGGAGGAGUGGAGCGGGAAGCAGACAGUGGAGCCACCGUCAGUCUGAACAUCAUUAGACCAACUGGAUCUGAACAGGACAGCAAGAGAACAGCACUCCAUUCAGCUCUCAUCGGCACAAGGAGGGCCAAACACCGGCCUCCCGUCAACUCAUGGCUACAUAUAUUACCACCAUCUCUAGCGGACAACACCUGCAGCUUUUGCAACAAGUACAAAAAGAAAAUAUCUGUUGCAGCAAUAUAGAACAACAAACUACAGACCCGACCCUGAGUGUACGCUGAGACAUGAGCAUCUCUCACUAUGCGGAAAUUUCUCUGUGCCAGAAAAGGUAUAAAAGGAAAGCCAGUGCCUGUACAGUUUUUCGGAGGUCACCUCACCAGCCCACGUAUCCUCUUCUGCUUCUUGUGUUGGAUGUAUUAUAGUGUAAUCCUGAAACUUGACAAGGGAGAGGCUGGCAUGCUGGGGAGCGCUGGAGAUUUUCCUGCAUGCCAGAGAGGGUUUAAAGAGAGCUAGAGGAAGAAGGUUCUCCUGAAAGCGUGAAUGCCUUUCUCUGAGGACCGUUACAGUAACCUCAGCGGAGCUUGAUGUGCCGCUUUUGCUUCGAAAUUUCAACGUUUCUUCAUCGCUGAAAAGACAAACCCCGUCUUCAGUCAUCAACAGUGCACCUUUAUGUCAUGGGGCUUCACAAACCAAAAGAUCUUUAUUUUAAUUAUGACCAAAAACAGGAAGUGAAUUACCCACUUUUCAGUAUAAUAUUUUCGUCCGUUCACUUGGAAGGCUCUACAGGCUUCUUUUCGCAAUUAUCUCACACAUAGAUUUGGAAACCAUGCAGAUAUAUCCACAAACGACAAACAAACACAUGCACAUUUUUAACUUUAGGUUUAUUUCUGAAUCCAUUUCACCACUUUCCGGCAUGAACUGACCUCAGAAUGGAUGUAAUUUGGGGUCUUAGAUGUUGAGCGGCCAUUUGCAUGUUUCCAAGUAAUAAACGAAGCGCACUUGAAAGAUUGUGAUUCAGCAUGCAGUCUGCUUCAAGGAUUGCUGGUUGGCCGCAUUUUAGGAGCGUGCCUACACACGCAGACACACAAACAUUAUUUCUGACAGACUGGGACCUUAUUUAUGUUUUUUUUUUUUGAUUUGGUGUAAUUCGCUUCCUGUUCUGCAUCAUCAUCUCUCUUUCUUCUCAAUCAUGUUAAGUAUAAAGAGCGUAGAUUGCAUGCACUGACAUGCAAUCCACAUGUACAAAAAAAAAACAGAUUAGUGGGGGUGUCAGUGUUUAUAACCUUAAACCAGGAUACAGUUUCCAUGGUGCUUUUCCAGCUGUUGCAACUGUCCUCAUUUGUGUAUUUUUAAGAGAGCCAUAGCAAAGUGGAGUUUCGGUUUGAACUGAACAUUGAACUUUGGAUUACCAGCAAACCUGACCUGGCGUUUUUUCAGUCCUGUCAUAAAUACUGUGUAUCCACCAGCCAGUCAUAGGAAAGACCCAAGGGGUUGGACUUCCAACAAGAAACUGAACUUGUAUGUGACUGAGUUCGCCGUGCGAAUCAUCCCAGAUGUUUCUUAUUUCUAUAGAGGUGUACUAUUUUUUUGUUUCAUCAUAAAACAUCGACUUGUGGUUGGUAUGUUGGAGCAAUCUUUCAUUGGCGGGGGCCACCGCAGCCGUGAGUGUGCCAUAGAAUAGAUUUAGCCACUGGCCAGUAAAAAAAAAUAAGGUGUUUUCACUGAGAAGCAUACCUGUGACAGAAACCAUGCUGACAAUUUCAAACUGUAAAGUCUUUCUACAGGCUCCUGCUGGAAUUUUAAGACUGUUGACUCAAGAUUCACUGCAGAACAACAGGCGUUGUAAACUUUCGAUCCCAGAACAAAAUUUGUGAAUGUUGCUAAGGAAUGCAGCUGAGAAUGACCAAUUGCUUGAUGGUUCGAUGCAUUAAUCCAGCACGACUGCAUUCUUUGUCUCUUGAAUCUGCUCAAAGGCAGACAAAGUAACGUAACCAUAACUGUGACAACUGUGGACCAGGUUCUGGAUCUCUUAAAGAACUUGGGACUUUUCAAGCCUGCUCUCCAUCUGGUUCUUCUGCUGUUGUGGAUUUCAAUGCUGUGUUGUGUCAGACCCUGCUGGGGAUGAUCUGAUUCAGUCUGAAUACAUUUCUUAGCUCUCCUGUAUUCUACCCGCUGCCAUCUAGCUGUAGUAUUUAUUAGUACCCAUAUAUGUACAGGUUCUUUAAUUGUGAAGAGGCCUGCCUGGUGGCCGGAGCUCAGUCUGUUGCCACUUUGUCACUUUACUGUUUAUGCAAGCAGGAGAUUAUAUGCAAUCAAAGUGUUCCCCCAUACAAUGUCUGUAGCCAUGUCAGUCAUGGUGGUGUACAUAAAGAUAUAGGAGGUAAUGACUGUAAAAACAAGUUUGCCAGGUCCAAACUCAAAAGUUUGUUUACCUUCAGAAUGCACAUUUUCACUGAUGUUUAUUUCCAUUGUUUACCCUUUGCUAGAAAUAUCUACAAUAUUUUCAUCUGUGCCUUGAGAUACAAUAGGAGAAGUAGAUUGUCCCAACAAAGUCAGACUUGCACCAUGUUAUUACACUUACAGUGCAGAUAAAUGACAUGCAAUACUGAUUGUAGGGUUUAAUUUUGUUUUACUUUGUUUUUUUAACUUUAUAUUUUUUAAAUUUAAAGAUUGUCAUGGAUCAUUCUAGAAGUAUUUUGAUUCUCCGACGGAACUCCUCCCUGAGGGAUGUCAGAACUAGGUUCCCUGCGUUUUUCUUUUUGUUCGAACCCAACUCCAAAGUACCCUUUUAAAGAAUAUAGACCACACUGCCCAGAAAGCUGUGUCCUUUGGAUUUGACUGUCAGAGUCGCAGGGUGCAGCGUAGCCUCAAAAAGGAUUGCCAUGCGGCUUCUUCAUGGCCACUGCUGGCUUUAUGAUGGAGUAAAAACAGACCAGACAUACUGUUCAGAGCUCUCAGUGCACAUGCCAUGACUUGAUGAUGAUAUAGUCCUUCUGUGUUCUCUCUGUUAUUGUUUGUGCUGCCACUCUUCUCAUUUACCAAGACGAAAAGCCAUUUCUUCCCCAAUCUCUCCUCUUUUCAACCAGUUCCAGCUUCUCUUUUAGUAUUUUAGAGAAGCCAAGUGUCCCUUUCUUCCCCUCGCCUCUUGUCCUCUACCUUCCUCUGUUUCUCUGCGUUUUCCUUGGAUUCUCAUUUCCUAGAAGGAAAGCCUUGGCUCUAAACAGCAGUCAUAUUUGUUGCUGGUUUCAGAGAGUUGUUUUAUUGAAGGCCAGGGGCCUGUCACCAGACAGUGAUGGGCAGCUCCCUGGGUAGCUGGAAGGUCAGAGGUCAGGGCUGCUUCUAAUCCUGUCUCUACAUCUUGACUCAGGGCUUCUAAAUACAGGAGAGAGGAAGACGGACAGCUUGGCAGUGAUGUCCACUUUGUGGAUAAUUAAAACACCCUGGGUAUUGAAUGUCCAGCUCUGCCUGCCAUCAGUCUGCCAGAGUUCCACGUGGUCUUCUAUGGGUGUGUGAUGUUGUUAAUAUGUCAGCGAGGGUCCUCAUUUAAGGCUCGGCACGUGAACAAGCGUGUUGUAAACUUUUGCAGAUCCUUGAGUAAGAAGUGUGUGGUGUGUGGUGUGUGUGUGUGUGUGUGUGUGUGUGUGUGUGUGUGUGUGUGUGUGUGUGUGUGUGUGUGUGUGUGUGUGUGUGUGUGUGUGUGUGUGUGUGUGUGUGUGUGUGUGUGUGUGUGUGUGUGUGUGUGUGUGUGUGUGUGUGUGUGUGUGUGUGUGUGUGUGUGUGUGUGUGUGUGUGUGUGUGUGUGUGUGUGUGUGUGUGUGUCAGAGCGGACAUGCAGGGCUCAAGACUUUUUAGUUUGUCUUUGAGGCUGAUGUCACUGUGGGUCAGGAUUACUGUAGAUAGCAACGUACUGAUGCAGCUGCUAACACCAAUGCCCUCCUCGACCCUUAUCCCGCCUUACUGCCCUCCCAAAUAAAUCUCUCAUGUCCCGUUUCUCUCCAUCCAGUCUGUGAUACUCUACCAUGCAGACAAUCAGUGCAUGGUAGAGUACACUGAGAAGCCUUUUGUUCAUCUUGUUCUCCUCCAUUCAUUCUUCUACCUUUAAUUUGUUCUGCUCUUCAACCUUUUUCUCCCCCUCUUUCCCUGAAAAGAUCAUUUGAGUCGGGGGUCCCAGGAAGAGCCCAGCUGUCGGAAACUGUAGGUUUUAUGACGCGUUGGAGGGUUUCCCUCCUGGAGACAGGGUUCAAAGCAAGCAAGGCUUUUUAAAGAGCACAGUUGAAACUCCAUCCUCGGCUAUGCAUGCUGCCUUUCUUCCUUACAAGGCCCCAAAGUACACUAACACCACAGCUAACCCGGCUCUACGUCCACUCCGUCCAAUGAAACCCAGCUGGGCUCUGUGUCCCAAGAAGACCAGUCACCACUUCUAUCUAUAUGUGCAAAAGACUGCAUGUGAUGAGUCUUACUGGCUCUUCCAGUGGUGACAGUCUGUACAGUGUUGACAUGGUGGAACGCACUGAUUGGUCAUCUGGGAUUUGAGUGAAGACUUUACAGGUUUAUAGACUUCUAAGGCUUUUGUGGUGCUAUAAAGAAACUGCUGGGUGUUUGUGAUUGUUCCUCUGAUUUGUGAUCGAUGACAGUCUUUGCAGAACGUGCUGAAUCAGAGCACCGGUGUAAAAGCUGGUGCUGUAGUAGAUUAUUUCAGGCAACGCCAAGUUUGAUACGAGGAGAAGAUGUGGUUCAGCAAUGGAGAGAAAAAGGAGGCUGCUAGCGUUUUCCUGCUCAAAUACCAGCUAAGGAAAUCCUCUUAAGCUGUGUUGGUGUAUGUAAAAACAUCCCUUAUUUACAAGUCAUUGUUUUUCCCUUUUAUAAAGUAGACUAGAAUGUACUUAGUGGAGAUUGGAGUGGCGAGGUAGAAAUGGCUCACUCCUCAAAGGUGUCCAUUGUGAAGCCGGGGUCAUGGUGUCAUUGGGUGGCGUAGACUGUAAUCUGCACUUAACCAGCACUUAACUUUAAGACCUCAAACGACUAAUGCCCCCUUAGUCCCCCUUUGUCAAAAAGUUUUCCUCGUUUGUGCGCCAUAAUUGUACUUUACGUCUGUCUUCAGUAGCUGUUUGCUGAAUGUAACAGUCGUAUGUAUAAAUAUCUAUGUAUAUGCGCCGUACGCCAGCCAAAUUAGAGUAUUUUCUAAUCAUCUCAUCAUUUAAAGUAAAAUUGGCGUGCACUCAGUGAAGAAAUCCUGUUUGAACGUAUGUGUCGAGGUGUGGCACGCUGCUAUGUCUGUGUCUCAGCCUUCUAACAUUGUGCCAAAAUCAUUCCACAGUAUUUACAGUUUACAGUUAGACAGUUGUGAGUGUUUCCCCAGAUGGAUGCCCUGUCUCUGAGAUACUGAAAUAAAGGGGAAAUAUUCAAUUUGAGGGUUGUAUCUUUUUUCUGCUUAUGUAUGUUUUUAUUUCUUUGUUAAACAAAAGAUGUCUUAUUUUGGAAUCUAUGUUGGAUAGAUUUUAUUUAAGGAAAAUCUUGUAAUUUUGUAAAGUGGGCCUUAUUAUUGAAAUAUAUUAUUUGUCUAUCUUGAUUUUAAGAAUGAUUUUUUUUUCCUUUUUUUUGCAAGGUAAUGUAUCUUCAUCAUUGGUAUUACACUCCUGGAGAGUUUUUCUUCUUCUACUUCUUGUAUUUUGUGUUUUUGUUAGUUUAAUGUGAGACAUUUCUUACAACCUGGAGACGUGAUGACGCACCAUGGGUCACAUAGGAAGCUCAUUUCAAAACAGAAAGAGAGAGGCCGGCGUUGUGUCAUAGUCAUUGAAGAAUGAGAGUUAUGUGGAUUUUAUCAGAGCAGAGCAGGUCACCGGCGCUGAGCGGUUCACCAUGUGUCGUCCUGAUUUUAAUGGCGACCAUUCGGUGCUCCUCCUAUUUUGCUGCUGCUCUGUUCUCCCUCGCUCAUAAAUUCAGGGUUUGUACAUCUUCUGUGCUGUAUGUUUGUAAGAGCUGCCAAAGAAAGAAGCGUGCAGGCCUCAGACACUCCUGUAUAUAUAUACAUAUAUAAGACGCACACCAAUAAUACUAACAGGAAUAAUUCAAACUUUUAAAAACAAGACAUUUUUAACUGGAUCUCAUCUCUCUUACAUCCACAUUUCUGGCCUGUACAAUCAGUUUAUUUUUUGUAUAGCUAAGUGUCUGUAAAAUUCGCUUGCAAACGAAGGAGACUGACAGACAGAGGUGUCAAACGCAACAAUGUAUGUAACAAAAUCAGCUCAAAAGGGUUUUAUGAUUUAUUCUCGCUUCUCAGUGUGUCAGCAAUGCCAGGUGGACUGUGUGGGGAGGCUGUUUUUUUUUUUUAAUUUUAUUUUCUGUUUUAGACUUAAUACAUUGUGCAUGUUUUAACCUUACUGUGGCUGGCGCACUCUGCAUGUAGGUCUCUCGAAGCUGCCAACUGUACAGCAGACCAUAUGUAUUCCAAUAAAAAUAAAAACCAACCUGUUUGUAA